GUUGGAAUUAUUUGUGUUAACAACGUUACGUUCAGACAUGUCGGCGGUCAUGGAUCGUUGAAGCACCCAGGUGCGAAAAACUCACUCAGCGUUGACGCCAUUCGUAACUAUCAUGGCGACCCCACCAUCGCCAUCAUCGUGGCUAGAGAGCACAGAUUACGUGUCGCGCUUCCGUCUUCUCGAAGCCGCUAACCUUACCUCCGUCCCCGCCGUCCGCAGUCCCGCACCGGCCUCCGUCGUCGAACGGCUGACUGCGCUGACGCUCAAGUGGGAAGACCUGUCGUCGUUGGCGCAACGCGCGCUGCUGUGGGACAUGGGUUUUGUGCGGUUGAACGACGGAUCUACCACGUUGCAGCAGGUGUACACGCGUUGUUCGCUUGGCACGAGCACGCCUGCCGGCGCCACGAUGGAGAACCUCAUGGUUUCCAAGGACGCAUUCUUGGCCACAGACCAGUCCACGACGGUGAUCAAAUGCAGCAGCGGCAGUGCUUUGUAUGUGCGUCAGAACAUUUCGAACGGCGUCAACUUGGACGUGGCUGCCAAUUGCGCCGUGGCGCCAACAAAUCCGUCCAAGAGCAGUCAUUCCAGCAUGUGGGCUCAAGAUGGCCUACCGCCGACGGACGUGCCGUUCCCCGUGAUCAUGCGGCACCAGUGGAACAGCACCGACGGACCUCCAUUCCUCAUCUUUGCCGUGCACACCGUGCCUGAAAAGUACGACGGCGAGUGGCCGUGGGGUACUUGCCCAACCAAGCAACCCGGAUCUCUCGUCCUUCCUUGUAAAGUGUACGAAGGUGCCGGCAGCGGCAUGUGUCUGCCCAGUCCAUCGAGUCGCAUGAACGACUGGCUAGAGGCCAUCGCGCGUUCUAAAAUGACCCUACCCCCCCCCAUCGUUACCACAACAGGCCCCACCCCCAUCCCUCCGCCGCCCCCUUCGUUGGCCACGGGGGCCAUCGUCGGCAUCGUCGCCGGCGCCAUCGCGUUCCUCGCAUGUGGCCUCUGGUGCUUGCUACUUCUCCGCCGCCGCCGCCGAGCCACAGACGGGCACGCCACCGCCGCCCCGUACACCAGCGACGUCCGCCACAGUUCUGGCCAGCCGAGGUCCAGCGCUGCGCAGCACCAACCAAUCCAGACCAACUCGUCGAAACUCAACAACUUCCAGAUCGAUCCGUACCUGUGUUCGCGGCGGCUGCCGUACUCGUCGGUCGUGCAGACGCGGAUGGUGUCCAAGGGCGCGUUCGGGGAGGUGUGGGUCGGGUCCUUGGACGGUGUCACAGUUGCGAUCAAAAAGGUGCUCGACGCCAAGCGCAACGACGUCGAGGAGCUCGAGUGCUUUGCCGAGGAAAUCCGUCUCUUGGCAUCGUUGAGUCACCCUAACAUUGUCACAUUUAUCGGGUUUGCGUGGAAUACGCUGCAAAACUUGUGCUGCGUGGUCGAGUACAUGCAGCACGGCGACCUCGGGUCGUACCUGGCGGCGCAUCAAGAGGCCAAAUGGGAUGACAAGCUCGUGCUAGCCGUGGGCAUCGCCAGGGCACUCGCGUAUCUCCACGCGCUCACCCCCAACAAGAUCAUCCACCGAGACCUCAAAGCCAAGAACGUGCUCGUGUCGGAUCAGCUCGAUGCGAAACUGUCCGACUUUGGCAUUUCCAAGGAGCGAACGACCGAUGAAACCAUGACCGCGGGCGUCGGGACUACCUACUGGACCGCCCCCGAAGUGCUCAGCGGGCAUCGGUACUCGGAGCUCGCCGACGUGUACUCGUUUGGGUGUGUCUUGAACGAACUCGGUACACAUACCGUCAUUCUCAAACAUGUCGACAUACAUUCUCACGGUGCAAUGUGACAUAGACACGCACAACAUCCCGUACGCCAACAUGAAAGGCGUGCCGGCUUUGACGAUUGUCCAGCGCGUGACCACGAUGGGCCUCCGCCCGACCUUCAAUGACACGUGUCCCAAGCUUAUCAAGGAUUUAGCUGAACGUUGCUUAGCAACGAACCCUCGAGACCGACCCACAGCCAUUGAAAUUGUUCGCCUUAUCGAACUCUGGAAAGGCUGGUAACCAAAACCAUCCUAGAUAAAUAUAUAUGUUAUAUACCCUA